CGGAUCACGUGCCCAGUGGGAUGGAGGGAGGGAGACUAGGAGGAGAAAUAGGCCCUGCAUAGAAGGCACAAGACAGGCUGAGGAGAUCUUCUGCAGAGGCAACAGCAACAUUAUUUUCCCUGGACCGACCCUUCCCUCUUUCAAUUAGCCACAUCACUGCCAAAGAAGACCUAUUCACACAACGCUUGCUAACAGUGGAUUUGUGCAGGCAGCUAUACUCACAAACAACUUUAUCAAAUAAAUUAUCUGUAUCUCCCAACUGGAAAAAAUAAUUUGAGGAUCCAAUUAGCACAGAAGUUUCAUUUUCUUAGUACCACCAUAAAAAAAAAAUUAUUAUUUUUGAGAGAUAAUUUGUGCUUUUUUUUGGGCCACUAGGAUUAUAUAAAAAUUCCGAGUGUCGAGCAGAAUAAAAGGGACAGCACCUAAUAUACGACGAAUAGCCAGAAGGGCUCUGUAAAGAAAGACACGUCCGGGCAAUCAGCUAAAAAGCUUCACUUUUCCCCCCCGUCUUCUCUCACUUCCCACCAUGGCUUAAAAUAUCAAAUAAAUUGUAGGUUGAUGGUUGGCUAGUUCUUAAUAUGGACGUGCCCAUUUUUGCUUGUUUUCAACAUUGCUAUUGAGUGACUGAGAACGCCAGGGCAUUUCUUCUAGUGACACCUAUGGACUUGGAGAAGAUUUCUCGGAAGAAUUAAGAAAAUGAAACGGUGGAAAAUCUUGCUCGUACUUUAAGCAAUCCUCCAUUUAGGCACUCUACACCUUUUGGGUUAUGCCGACUGUAACUUAUUGCACUUAAGACUAUUGGAUUUAUGUAAUUGGACAUGCCAAUGGAAAGAUAAAAAAAAUGGGUGCAUCAAGGCUUUAACAGAGUGAAUCCUCAUUAUCAGGCACAUAAUCUAUAUAAAAAAACAAAGUAAAAAUGGCCGAAUUAGUAUUACCUAACACAUACAAUUGUGGUUCUGAAAAACGCAAUUGUUUUUUGAUCCCUGGAUAUUUGGCUUAAAGUGAAACACUUUAAUGGUUAGCUGUGCAACCAAAAUGAGUAUAGCAUUGGGCACUGUACUCAAAUUUUGAUUUACUCCACCCCCCCCGCUGUUUUGUACAACUGUAAAAAGUGGUGGGGAAGAACUUGGGCUUGGAUACAAUUUUGCAGUGUGUGUGCCUUCUCCUUUUGCUUUUUAUGCAAAUGUUUGGUCAGCAGAAGCAUGCUAGGACAUGACACACAGUCAGAGAUGCAUGAAAGGUACAACAGUAUUGUUGUGGCUCUAAAGGAAAUUGGAGUUGUUUAAGCCUUAAAAUACUUGAAACCUAAACCUUUACAAUCCUCACCUCUUGGAAUCAUGUUAGCUUUGUCACUGGGCUGUGUGUUUCAGAAACCCUGAAACAAGAAUCUCAGGCUGCUUGACACGUUUGCAUAGCAAGGUGCCACUAAGGUACCUUGGUCUUUGUAGCACCUUGAAAGAGAGCAGUAAUCAUGAUUGUCCAAAGGAAACAUUAAACCACACAACACUCACACUGAGAAUCCAGAGUGCUGGCUAGUUUUGUAAGCCAAAUUGCCAUCAUCCUUUUGUACAUGGAUAUCUGCUACUAUGCAUUGAGAGGAUGCGCAUCAACACUGACCUACUGAGUGGUUCAAGGUCAUCUGCAACAUUUUGAGGACUUUGGACUAAUUUAAAUGCACCUGACUUUGGGAACUUUGUUUAGUUACUUAUUUAUUAUAUUUUUUUACUUGUGUGGGGGGACUAACCUAAGACUUUUAUAAGCAUGCACGCAUCCGUAGAGCAUGGACCCGUCCUUUGUAGUGAUUCCAACAUCUUAUGCCUUUCAUGGAAAGGCAGAGUUCCAAAAAGUGAGAAAGAAAAACCUGUAUGCAGGAGACGUUAUUAUGAAGAAGGAUGGCUGGCUACUGGAAAUGGAAGAGGCGUUGUUGGAGUCACAUUCACUUUAAGCCACUGCCGGAGAGACAGAAACACUCCACAGAGAACCAACUUCAACCUGAGGGGUCACAAUAGUGAGGUGGUGCUAGUGAGAUGGAACGAACCUUUCCAAAAGCUGGCAACCUGUGAUGCAGAUGGAGGCAUAUUUGUGUGGAUCCAGUAUGAAGGCAGAUGGUCCGUGGAGCUGGUCAAUGAUCGUGGAGCGCAGGUGAGCGACUUUACAUGGAGUCACGAUGGAACACAAGCCUUGAUUUCAUACAGAGAUGGAUUUGUGCUGGUCGGUUCAGUGAGCGGUCAAAGACAUUGGUCAUCAGAGAUAAACUUGGAGAGUCAAAUCACCUGUGGGAUCUGGACACCAGAUGAUCAGCAGGUAUUGUUUGGUACUGCUGAUGGCCAGGUUAUAGUAAUGGACUGCCACGGCAGAAUGCUGGCACAUGUUCUACUGCAUGAGUCAGAUGGCAUUUUGAGCAUGUCCUGGAAUUACCCCAGCUUCUUGGUAGAAGACAGCAGCGAAAGUGACACAGACUCUGACGAUUAUUCUCCACCGCAAGAUGGUCCAGCUGCAUAUCCCAUACCAGUGGAGAACAUCAAACCUCUGCUCACAGUUGGCUUUACAUCUGGUGAUAUUAGUUUAAUGAACAACUAUGAUGACUUGUCACCAACUAUCAUUCGCUCAGGGUUAAAAGAUGUAGUGGUCCAGUGGUGUACACAAGGAGACCUGCUGGCAGUUGCAGGAAUUGAAAAACAGAAUAUGUUGCCCGACCUUGGCAAUGGGGCUUCUCUGAAGAGCGCUCUAAUCAAAUUCUACAAUGUCCGUGGAGAACAUAUAUACACUUUAGAGACCCCCGUGCAGCGCCCUAUCACAUCCAUCUGCUGGGGCCACAGAGACUCUCGUCUGUUCCUGGCCUCGGGUCCUGCCCUCUACGUUGUACGUGUGGAGCACCGAGUUGCCAGUUUGCAGCUCCUCUGCCAGCAAUCGAUUGCCAGUUCCUUGCGUGAUGAUAAGGACAUCAGCAAGCUGAAUUUGCCUCCUCGGCUCUGCUCGUACCUCACCACUGCUUUUGUACCUACAAUUAAGCCUCCGAUACCUGACCCUAACAACAUGCGAGAUUUUGUUAGCUACCCUACAUCUGGUAAUGAGAGAUUGCACUGCACUAUGAAACGAACAGAAGAUGACCCAGAGGUCGGAGGUCCUUGCUACACUUUAUACUUGGAAUACUUGGGUGGACUUGUCCCUGUUCUAAAAGGAAGACGAAUCAGCAAACUACGCCCCGAGUUUGUCAUCAUGGAUCCCAAAACUGAUACAAAAACCGAUGAAAUAUAUGGAAACGGAUUGAUCUCAUCUGUGAUCGACAGCUGUAAUUGCUCGGAUUCCAGCGAUAUUGAACUGAGUGAUGACUGGGCAGCCAAGAAAUCUCCAAAGAUCACAAGAGCCAGCAAAUCUCCCAAGCUUCCCAGGAUUAACAUAGAAGCCAGAAAAUCGCCAAAGUUAUCUAGGGCUGCUCAAGAGGUUACAAGGUCCCCUCGACUCCCUAUUAGAAAGCCUUCUAUCGGCUCACCCAGCUUAACCCGCAGAGAAUUUCCUUUGGAUGAUAUCAGUCAGCAGCAUAACUACCUUGCCCAGGUCACAUCCAAUAUUUGGGGAACCAAAUUUAAAAUUGUGGGACUUGCAGCCUUCCUCCCAGCCAACCUCGGAGCUGUAAUUUAUAAAACAAGUUUGCUGCACUUGCAACCAAGGCAAAUGACCAUCUACCUUCCAGAAGUGAGAAAAAUAUCCAUGGACUAUAUUAAUUUGCCAGUAUUCAAUACUAAUGUCUUCAGUGAGGAUGAGGAUGAUUUACCUGUAAGUGGGACAUCUGGAGCACCUGAAAACAACCCGCCUUGCACAGUGAAUAUACCCAUAGCACCUAUUCAUAGCUCUGCUCAAGCCAUGUCUCCAACUCAAAGUAUAGGAUUGGUCCAGUCAUUGUUAGCCAAUCAAAAUGUACAGCUAGAUGUAUUGUCCAAUCAAAUGGUUGUUGCUGCACCAACUGAUCAUCCAGGCGAAAAUGCAAUUCAAUACCCAGUUCCCAAUCGUUACUCUAAUCCAGGCCAAGUAAUAUUUGGUGGAGUAGAAAUGGGACGUCUGCAGCCCCCUCAGCCUACACAGCAGGUUCCUCAUCUGUCACAGGUUCCACAUCAGGUUCCUUAUUCAUCACAAAUUUCACAUAAUCCACAGCUGCCACAUUCAUCCCAGCUACCCCACUCAACACAGCUGCCACAUCCAUCCCAGCUACCCCACUCGGCCCAGCUGCCCCAUCCAUCACAGCUACCCCACUCGGCCCAGCUGCCUCAUCCAUCACAGCUAACCCACUCGGCCCAGCUGCCUCAUCCAUCACAGCUACCCCACUCGGCCCAGCUGCCUCAUCCAUCACAGCUACCCCACUCGGCCCAGCUGCCUCAUCCAUCACAGCUACCCCACUCGGCCCAGCUGCCUCAUCCAUCACAGCUACCCCACUCGGCCCAGCUGCCUCAUCCAUCACAACUACCCCACUUGACCCAGCUGCCACAUUCAUCACAGCUACCCCACUCGACCCAGCUGCCUCAUUCAUCACAGCUACUCCACUCGACCCAGCUGCCUCAUUCAUCUCAGCUCUCUCACUCGACCCAAAUGUCUAGUUCAUCCCAGCUGCCCCACUCAACCCAAAUUCCACUUUCAUCCCAGCUCUCCCAUUCAGCCCAAAUGCCUCACUCAUCUCACAUCUCCCACGCAGCCCAGCUGCCUCACUCAUCCCAUAUGCCUCACUCAUCCCAGCUCCCCCACUCAGCCCAGAUGCUUCACUCAUCCCAGCUCUCCCACCCAGCCCAGAUGCCUCACUCAUCCCAGCUCUCCCACUCAACCCAGACGCCUCACUCAUCCCAGCUGUCCCACUCAACCCAGACGCCUCACUCAUCCCAGCUCUCCCACUCAGCCCAGACGCCUCACUCAUCCCAGCUCUCCCACUCAGCCCAGACGACUCACUCAUCCCAGCUCUCCCACUCAGCCCAGACGCCUCACUCAUCCCAGCUCUCCCACUCAACCCUGAUGCCUCACUCAGCCCAGCUCUCCCACUCAUCCCAGAUGCCUCACUCGGCCCAAUUGCCCCCCUCGAUCCAGGUUCCGCACUCAUCCUACGUGCCUCACUCAUCUCAGCUCUCCCACUCAACCCAGAUAUCGCCUUCAGUCCAGCUCCCGCACCCAUCCCAUGUGCCUCACACAUCUCAUGUGCCUCACUCAUCCCACCUCCUGCACUCAACCCAAAUGCCUCACUCAUCCCAGCUCCCAAACUCAACACAGAUGUCGCACUCAGCGCAGAUGUCUUAUUCAUCCCAGCUCUCCCACUCAACCCAAACACCUCAUACUCCACAGGGUGCUGCACAGAUAUCUGUAACUGAUCAUAAUGAUAGAGACCAUGAACAUACACAAAAGGUAAAACCUUUGAGGUCAAUCCCGCAGUUUGCAGAAAGCGAGUCUGUUGUUUUUACAACUGUUCAAGAGAUGCAGAUGAACAAACUCAAUCCUCCUCCUCCAUACCCAGGGACGAUACCAGCUCCUCCAACAUCGGCAGCACCUCCUCCUCCUAUCACACAACCUCCUGCAGAUCUCUGCUUAAAGAAGGGGGAUUUUCCCCUAUUCACAAGUGGGCACUACCAGACUCCUCUGGGAUAUGAACGAAUAACAACAUUUGAUAGCAGUGGCAAUGUUGAAGAAGUGUGCAGACCACGAACCAGAAUCCUUUGCACUCAAAAUACAUACACUCUUCCAGGGCCAGGAAGCUCAGCCACCCUCAGGGUUUCUGCAACAGAAAAAAAGAUUAAGCAGCCCUGCACUAGUGCCACUCUGAACAGACUGACAGUUCCUCGUUAUUCUAUACCUCCAGGAGAUCCCCCGCCAUACCCUGAGAUAGCUGCACAGCUUGCUCAAGGAAGGAAUAUGGCUCAGAGAAUAGAUAGCAGUCUUAUCCAUGCCACACUACGAAGGAAUAGCAGAGAGGCUGCACUGAAAAUGGCUCAAAUGGUAGAUAAUCAGAGAUCCACUCUGCAGCAUCCUCACAAAUCAAAGAGCAAUGCUGUAAGUGGACAGUACCAACAAAGGACACCUUCAACACUGUACACGUGCAGUCAGUGCAGCAAUGGCACCGGUGUAAUUAGCAACAGUAUCAGUAAUCAUAGUGGCAAUAUCAGCACUAAUACCCUUGGUACUGGGAAUAAUCGUGCUGAUGUGUCCACAGGGCGUGGCUCACAGCAGAGUACUGUAAUUGUUCAUUCAACCAGUGCAACUCCUUUAGCAUCCCAGUCCUCAUAUAAUCUUUUGAGCCCAUCUGAAACUUGCAGAGACAGGACAGAUUACAUUAACUCAGCUUUCACAGAAGAUGAAGCCGUUUCCCAGCACUGCCAGGUAGAGAAGCCAGUGAGACACAUGAACCUAACAGAGUCAGGCUUAACUAUAAAACGCCCUCCUCCCUAUCAUUGGGAUCCUAUGGUAAGUGAAGAUGUAUGGGUUCCUCAGGAAAGGACUGGUCAUAACACACUCCCUCUUCCUCAGAGGCCUCCACCUUUAAUCAUUCAGCAAAGCCAUCAUUUAGAUUCAUCACGGGUUCCGUUUAUUUCCCCAAAAUCUCCAACCAGCCCCUCUGCAACAUUUCAAGCAAAUUAUGGCUUCGGGGUAUCCUACAAUGGAAACUAUAGCAUCCCUCCUCCUCUUCAACAAGUGCAAAACCCUUGUUCCCCAAAGGAGACUUCAUCUCCAGCACAAUAUGUGCAACAGGAGCCAACAACAUAUCCACCCAACCUGCCUUGUUGCCCCUUGCCACCAAUGUACCCUGGAAGCAGUAAUUGUAAUGGCUUACAGCUUCCUGCAAUAGCAUUGCAUACGUGGAAUGUUUACAGUGCAUGUCCCCCUGUGCAGAAUUCACAAUCCACCCUUCCACCAAAGCCACAUUUGGCACCAGAAAAGACUGUCCUUUCUCCCCCCCAGCCAGAGCUCCAAAGUAAUGUGGGAACAGAAGUUAUGGUAGAAACUGCUGAUAAUUUUCAAGAAGUUUUGUCCUUGACAGAAAGUCCUGCACCCCAGAGAACUGAUAAGUUUGCUAAAAAAAAUCGGAAGCGGUUAGAUAGCAGAGCUGAGGAAGGGAAUGUACAGGCCAUCACAGAGGGUAAAGGUAAAAAGGAGGCAAGGACACUAGGGGAUUUCAAUUCUCUCAUUGCAAGUCCCCGACUUGGACGAGAGAAAAAGAAAGUCAAAAGCCAGAAAGACCAGCUAAAAACAAAGAAGCUGAAUAAGACAAACGAGUUUCAGGAUAGUUCAGAGAGUGAGCCUGAGCUUUUCAUCAGUGGGGAUGAAUUGAUGAACCAGAGCCAGAGCAAUAAAAAGGGAUGGAAAACCAAGCGGAAUCUGCGAACAGCUAGUGACUUGGAUGAAUUCAAAUGUCGGAAAGCUAACGAAAAGGAUGAUGGGAGGUUAGGAAGCCAAGGCUUUGUCUAUGUGAUGGCAAACAAGCAGCCUUUGUGGAAUGAGGCAACCCAAGUAUACCAGUUGGACUUUGGUGGACGGGUCACUCAGGAAUCUGCAAAAAAUUUUCAAAUUGAGCUGGAAGGAAGACAGGUAAUGCAGUUUGGAAGAAUAGAUGGAAAUGCAUACAUUUUGGACUUUCAAUAUCCAUUUUCAGCCGUCCAAGCUUUUGCAGUUGCUCUGGCCAAUGUGACUCAGCGUCUUAAAUGAGUUAGUGACGGAAGAAGGACAUUUCACUUCUGGGUUUUCUGGCAUGAAUGCAGAGUUUAGGCAGAAUAGGUAUCUGGAACAGAUAAGCAUUUACACAAUUAAACUGGAAAGAAUAAAUGCCUAGGUGCAGGCUGUUUUUUUGUUGUUUUUGUUUCUUUUUUUAUUAUUAUAAUGCAAUAUUGCUGGUGUUCUGAGCGGGAGCCAUUUAAUGUUCUGGUGGAAAUGUGGCUUUUGGCUUGUAUUGAUGGAAUUGUUUUGUUGUGUUUGGUGAACUUGAUGUUAGAGUAAUUACAUGGGGAAACUGCCUUAUUUAUAAUAUAUUUUGUCAAACAUGA